UGAGCGCAAGCAGUCUGGCCGCUGGGGCCUGGCUUGGGUGUAAGUGAGGUUUUUGCUUUACCAUGUGCUAUCUGUGCGAGAUCUGGAGCUGUAAGCGAAAGGCCGUAUUUUGAAUGGGAUUGUUUACAGGCACUAGCGGGUUGUAUACCUAAGGUGAAGUUUUUCUUACCAUGUGGAAAAAUAGAGGUCGGACCAGUAGAAAGAGAAGAAGAAAACAAUUUAGUCGUUUGCCUUCAAAUGGAGUAAACCAGAGUCACAUACUGGAAUAUAUACAACUUAGGAAGUGGCUAAAAGAGAGGGGGUUUGAUGACCGUAAUUUAAGACCAGCACAGUUUUCAGAUACGGGAAGAGGCCUAAUGACCACAAAAGCCUUUCAGGCAGGGGAAGUGAUUAUUUCGUUGCCGGAGAAAUGCUUGCUCACCACUGGUACUGUCCUUAGUAGCUACCUUGGGGAAAAGAUUGCAAAGUGGAAGCCUCCCAUAUCUCCUUUGAUAGCACUGUGCACAUUUUUAAUAGCAGAGAAAUAUGCUGGUGAACGAUCUGUGUGGAAGCCUUAUCUUGAUAUUUUACCAAAGACCUAUACGUGCCCUGUUUGUUUGGAUCAAGAAGUAGUGAGACUUCUUCCUGAGCCCUUAAGAAGGAAGGCUCAGGAGCAAAGAACAGUGGUCCAGGAACUGUAUACCUCUUCCAAGUCUUUUUUCUCUUCUCUGCAGUCUUGGUUUACUGAGAAUGUAGAAACUGUUUUUAACUACGAUGCCCUGCAGUGGGCUUGGUGCACCAUUAAUACUAGAACAGUGUACAUGAAGCAUUCACAGAGGGAAUGUUUCUCUAGAGAACCAGAUGUUUAUGCACUAGCGCCUUAUUUAGAUCUGCUAAACCACAGUCCAAAUGUUCAGGUAAAAGCUGCAUUUAAUGAGCAGACGAGAUGUUAUGAAAUCAGGACAGAGUCACAUUGCAGAAGACAUGAAGAACUGUUUAUCUGUUACGGCCCUCAUGAUAACCAGCGACUUCUGCUAGAAUAUGGAUUCGUUGCCAUCAACAACCCACAGAGUGGGGUUUAUGUCUCAGCAGAUAUCCUUCUUAAACAUCUCUUUUCAGCAGACAAGCAGAGAAAUAUGAAGCUUUCCAUUCUAAAGGAUCAUAACUUGUUAGAAAAUUUGACAUUUGGAAGGGAUGGGCCAUCAUGGAGACUCCUCACAGCUCUCAAGUUGUUAUGUCUUGGAACAGAUGAAUUUACCUACUGGAAGAAAGUGCUGCUUGGUGAUAUAAUUUCAGCCAGAAAUGAAGAAAGGAGUUUGAACAUAGCGGCAAAAAUAUGCUUUUCUUUAAUAGAGGAGACACAGCACGUCCUUCACCAGAUUUCCCAAAUGAAAAAGGACAAGGUGAACUUUGAAAACCAGCUGGCUUUGGUAGAAGUACUGCGCCUGGAAGAUCUGACGAUCCUGCAAACAUCAGCAGAAAUUCUGUACAACUUGCGCACUGCAGUAACUUGACCUGUUCAGAAAGCAGACCAUGACUGUCACAGCACAGUGGCUUUCGCUUACAAGGAGCUAGAGGCCUGCUUGACCCAAACAUUUUUGAUGACCAGUAGCAUCAAGGAAUAAUGUAAAAUUAUGGUGGAAAAGCUGUCCAGUUUCAUUUAUGGGUGUUGACAUCAGCCAUAGGGACAUAUUCUGUGCCUCUUCUCCUGAGAGGCGCAGCCUAGAAAAUGCAGCGGGCAAGAGUGGCUUUGUCACCUUUGUGUCAUCUAGAUUCUGUGCUGCUGUGGGGACCAAAACAGCUGGAAUAAUUAGAGCAGUCCCAGGGGCUGAUGGAACUUCAUCUGCCUGGGGACUGGAUUAUAGUCCAGAAUUUCCAUAGUGCCAAGCAGCUACUCCCUGGUAUGUCCCUACUUUUGUGACUUACAAGGGAGGGCAGUGCAGAGCUACUUGCCUCACCCUAUGUUAUUUGUGUGCGAGGGCCAUCCUCUGCUGACCCUUUUGUAUCUCAUUUAUGGUCCCUGGACUUUGCUGGGACGAUUAUAUAAGGUCUGGAGCACAGGCCAUGUCAGCCCCACAAUGACUCAAAAACAAUCAUCCAAUGCCCAACCCAAAUGCAUGUAUAGUACACUGAUGCUGGAGGCUCGGGUGAUGGCCGUCAUGCAGAAGUGUAGAUUUCCCUCCCCCCAUUUAAAAAAACUCUUCCAGAUUGUUGCUAGCCUAUGUGAUUAUUGCUCCUCCUCUGAACAAUAAACAGAUGUGCUUGAGUUAUUUUGAGCUGUGGUGUUGUAAUAGUUUGCAUGUUGGCUAUUCAGGAAAUUCACUCUGAUGCUUUCUACCAGUCCCGGUUGUCACAUGGAGAAACUUCCCUCUCCUGUCCCCUUUUUGCCUUUCCUGAUCGAUCUGGCUGCACUUCAUAGUUGUCGGAGGGUUAGGGUAACUAUUGACAUUAGGGCCAUACCUGUGUGAAUGGUCUUGUAUCUUAUUAUUUUUUGUGUGCUUUCCUGCAGGCCCUCAGUCUCUCACUUUUGUGUUUUCUAGUAUGGAUCUGCUGCAUGUCAACAAUUUACUAAUACCCUGGUAGACUUGGUCAAGGGAGAUACGUGAGGUGAUGGGCAAAGCUUGAAAAGGAAAGGAAAGAGGAUAUCUUAGGUUCCACGGCUAUGGGAUCGGUAUAAGGACAUAGAUAAAUGGCUACAAAGUCAGUUGAAAACUGUCAUGUGCACAGGGCCUGUACAAUUUGGGAGUUGGCUGACUCAGAGUUAGAGGCAAAAAGGGACACUUCGAGCAUCUAGUCUGACCUGCUGUAUAUCACAGGCCUCUAAAUUUCACCC